GUGCAGCCUGAUCAUCACAUGACUCCACGGCCGUAGCCGUGGCAGCAGGAGCGGCGGGUCCGUGGGCUCGCCGGGUGGGCUCCGCUCAGCGCACGCAGGAACCAGGCGCAGGGGGGCGGGGAAGGGACCCGUCGCAGCCGCCGCCCGCCAGCCGCUCCCGGGGCUCUCGCUGUCCCUCCCUAGCCGCCCGCCCGCUCCAUGUCGCCUGGUUGCGGAAGUGUCGCCGAGAGAGGUGGCGGCGGCGGCGUCAGGGAGCAAGGGAGGCCGGGGCUCGGCCCCCUGCAGCACUGAGCUCCCGGAGGCGCGCGUCCCAGCGUUCCCACCGCCGGUGCACCCCGCGCCCGCCGCAGCCUGCAUGCCCCGCGCUGCGCCUCGGCCGGCUGCCGCCUCCUGCUCGCUCAGCGGCUGCCCGGCGCCGGAGUAAUAUGCUCACUCGAGUGAAAUCUGCCGUGGCCAAUUUCAUGGGCGGCAUCAUGGCUGGCAGCUCCGGCUCCGAGCACGGCGGGAGCGGCUGCGGAGGCUCGGACCUGCCCCUGCGCUUCCCGUACGGGCGGCCGGAGUUCCUCGGGCUGUCUCAGGAUGAGGUGGAGUGCAGCGCAGAUCACAUCGCCCGCCCCAUCCUCAUCCUCAAGGAGACCCGGCGGCUGCCCUGGGCCACCGGCUACGCAGAGGUUAUUAAUGCUGGGAAGAGCACACACAAUGAGGACCAAGCCAGCUGCGAGGUGCUCACAGUGAAGAAGAAAGCCGGGACCAUUACUUCCACCCCGAACAGAAACUCCAAGAGAAGAUCAUCCCUUCCCAACGGGGAAGGCCUGCAGUUAAAGGAGAACUCUGAGUCCGAGGGCAUCUCUUGCCACUACUGGUCCCUCUUUGACGGCCACGCAGGUUCGGGGGCUGCUGUGGUGGCAUCGCGCCUGCUGCAGCACCACAUCACGCAGCAGCUGCAGGACAUCGUGGAGAUCCUGAAGAACUCCGCCAUCCUUCCCCCGACCUGCCUCGGGGAGGAGCCAGAGAACACACCGGCCCACGGCAGGACCCUAACCCGCGCGGCCUCACUGCGUGGAGGUGUGGGUGCCCCCGGCUCCCCCAGCACGCCACCCACGCGCUUCUUCACGGAGAAGAAGAUCCCGCAUGAGUGUUUGGUCAUCGGGGCCCUGGAGAGCGCCUUCAAGGAAAUGGACCUUCAAAUAGAACGAGAGAGGAGUGCAUAUAAUAUAUCCGGUGGCUGCACGGCCCUCAUCGUGGUUUGCCUUUUGGGGAAGCUCUAUGUGGCAAAUGCUGGCGACAGCAGGGCCAUAAUCAUCAGAAAUGGAGAAAUCAUCCCCAUGUCUUCUGAAUUCACCCCUGAGACUGAGCGUCAGAGACUUCAGUACCUGGCGUUCAUGCAGCCUCACUUGCUGGGAAAUGAGUUCACACAUUUGGAGUUUCCAAGGAGAGUACAGAGGAAGGAACUCGGGAAGAAGAUGUUGUACCGGGACUUUAAUAUGACAGGCUGGGCAUACAAAACCAUUGAGGAUGAUGACUUGAAGUUUCCCCUUAUUUAUGGAGAAGGCAAGAAGGCCCGAGUAAUGGCAACUAUUGGAGUGACGAGGGGACUUGGGGACCAUGACUUGAAGGUUCAUGACUCCAACAUCUACAUAAAACCAUUCCUGUCUUCAGCUCCAGAGGUCAGAGUCUACGAUCUCUCCAGAUAUGAGCACGGAGCAGAUGACGUGCUGAUCCUGGCUACUGAUGGGCUCUGGGAUGUCUUAUCAAACGAAGAAGUCGCGGAAGCAAUCACUCAGUUUCUUCCUAACUGUGACCCAGAUGACCCUCACAGAUACACACUGGCGGCUCAGGACCUGGUGAUGCGUGCCCGAGGCGUCCUGAAGGACCGGGGGUGGCGGAUAUCGAAUGACCGGCUGGGCUCAGGAGAUGACAUUUCCGUAUACGUCAUUCCUUUAAUACACGGAAACAAACUGUCAUGAAAGUGACCCGGGGGACUAGGAGGACAGAGGGAAGAAAAUUGGGGUGCCUCCGAGCAGGGCAGGACCGGGGAGUGCCUGGGCUGGAUUCCAGGUGAUGCAUAUUUUUCCCAGCCCAGAUGGGGAGUUUGCUGCCAAAAGGCCUCUCGGGGUUUGCUUCGAGGUGACCCUUAGGUUUCCAUUUCUUCUUUGGUAACAGGUCUGGACACUGAAUAAGAGCCAAACACAAAGCCCGCUACUGAGUGUUAUAUUUCUCUUGGUUUCUAUGGUAGGGGCUCCUAGGCAGCGAUUGCCUAUUUGGGGCACAGGCAUACAUUUAUUUAUGUUAUCUAGAAUAGCAGGGACAGCCAUUUCAGGUAUAACUGGUGAAAGCCCCUCCUCAGCCCGUCAAGCCGCCAGCAUCUCUCUGGGAGAAGAGCCACACUGAAAAGUUGAGGAUCACGGCUCAGAAUGUCUGAGCAGCCAUCUUAUUGUGCGUUCCAGUCAUUUCAGGGAUCUUGCCUGUCCUGUCUCAUUCCUCCCUCUCUUUCCUGCCCCCCCCCCUGUUUCUCUAAAUUCCUUUGUGGUAAUAGUGGUGUGAGGCAGAGAAAUUUUUUUUUUUUUUUUUUGGACACUCCUCCUAUCAUUCCCAUUUCCCUCCAACGGGACUUUCCAAAUUGUCACUGGACAGUUUCCAGAUCAGAGACUAGCCCAAUCUGGCUAGUCCCAUGUUCGGUGCCCCAUACACACAUAUAGUUUUGUCCAGAGCAAUGUCCCAGGUGACAGUUUGUCUUUGUUGUGUAACAUUCACCCCUGAGUUGUGUUUUCUCCCCAAAUAGAUAUGUUUGCUUCAAAAUGUGGGUGUUUCAUUGGACCAACGGUUCCUGUGCUAUCUCUGAGGUCCCUCUGUGCGUCUGGAGGUUUAGCUGUGAGAGGCUGGGUUUUCAUUUCUGGAAUGGGCGAUGCUCCACCCCUCCCCCUGUAUCCUGGAGACAGCAUCCAGUGCUGCAGCUUAGCGAGUUCUUGGACCCAUCAGCUAACCCCUGCUUCACUAGGGAAGCGUGUAAGGCUCAGGCUCCUUGGUCCCUGUCCUCCAGGCCACACUACAGCUCAGCUAAGCCGUGGCUCCUCUCUUCCUGUCACCUCUGUGCAAGGGUAUCUGGGAUGACACUUGAAUUAAAGUGAAUUUGAAUUGCAGUUGGUCAUUGUGAUGUCCCCCCAUUCCUCAAGGGAAUCACAUUGUAGAAGCCUAGGAGCUGAGACCCCCCUUCCUUCUAUGCAUCCACUGGUGUGCAUGCCUCAAUGGCACGCACAAGAGCACAUGGGCGUAGUAUCUGCCUACCACCUCCUUGCUGGGAGGAACAGCCAAGUCCAGUUUAAAGAUCACCUGUCUCUUGGGUAGCUCUGUCCAGGGGCCCUCAGAGCAGCAUCAAGUUGCUGCUUCGUCCUGUUCCCGUUGUCUUCCAGGAUAUCGGCUUCCUAACAACUUGGUAUAAUUCAGACAUUACCAACCCAUGGUGUCAUUUCCCUAAAAGAGAGGCAAUUCCAGCUCUUGUGUUCAUAAGAAUUCCUUCCCAGGGGAGAAGGGAGGGGCACCUCCUCCAGGCUGGUAAGCCAUCCACAUUCCUAGAAUUGUAGAUAUUUUCUUAGGAACAGCCUGGUGCCUUCCUACUCAGGAACAAAGUCAUCCCACUGUGUAGAGCCAGAGUUCAGCCCGGCAGGUGACAUACUGUGAGUGUGUGCCAGCUCAUUGCGCAAAGACUGGGCAUCUGACUAUGCAUCCCUUUCCUUCAGGAAGUCUCCGCCACCCCAGAUGCCUCGGUGGGGAGUGUUCUGUGGCAACCAUUAGCUUCCCUGGCAGAAUAUGAUGCUGUAGAAAAUUAACUGUCCAGGUGUGCUACAGCCACAUGGUCCUCUUCCCACCAGUGCCCAGUUCUCAAAGUCAAACGGGAAAUUUGAGAAAGUGUUGAACUCUACAGAGGACCUGAGCUGCCUUCCUUGGGGGAGCAUUUCCAGGUUCCCAAUGCCUCUCGAAAUUUUUGCUUUUCUGAUCUCCCAGAGUCUCACCUUGACCUUCUUCAAUCCUAUUUAAGCCACCAGAGUCAGAAUUGGAGUGUAAAUAUCCUGUAGGUCCGGUGACAACACUCUCCCAAUUCUUCCACGGAUCAGCAAAACCAAACCAAACCUGAAAAACUCAAAUUACCCUAAAACCUGGAGUCCUGCUGAUUUAAGCUGGAAAGGAAUUCAGGAGUUCUCUUCAUGAGAUGCUGGGUGGAAAGAUCUUAGUCACAAGCGAAAGCUCUGUGUGUUUUGGGGGGCUGGGGGGAGGGGGGAAGACUACAAAUGAAGCGGAUAUAUCAAAAGGUGGAAAGGUGAUUCGUUAAUGCCUAUGGUAGAUCCGCCCAGCACUGAUAUUGCUCUGUGCUUUGGGUUUAACUCUGUGUGGGCCUUAUUGUUACCCCAGACUCCACGUCAUCCCAUCCCAGAGCAGGAUGGAUCUAUGUAGCAAGUUGGCCCUUGGAGAAUUCCUGGAAAGGCCAAAGGAACAACGCACUCAGAAUUCUGCAAAACGUAUUUCGGUGUGUUUAGAAAUCAUGCAUGCCUGACUUCCAGCCAGACCUGCUUGCCCUCAGAGCCUCAGAGGAAGCCUCGAGUGAUGGAGAGCAUUUGAUAUCCGAGUCAAGCCUUUAUGGGCGUCUUGGGGGUUGUGUGGCUAUUUCCUUUAAUGAAAGGCUCCCUCAACCCUAAAUCUCUCUGCUCAGCCAGCAUCUGCCCUUCUGACUCCUGGCACUUCCCUGAAGAGUGUGAACUCUGAAGCACCUUUCUAAGGGACAACUAAAGCUUUGUUCCUCUAACACCAACAGGCAUCACACAAAGGUGUGGGAGGGGCCUGCUAGGGUUGUGUGUGCCCAGUGACUGCCCUUUGUGCCUGGGAAGGAGGGUGACAGUUAGGCUGGACCAAUAGGCAGCUGUCUGACGGACAAACCAGAGAAGUCAGUGUUUCAGCUAUUUUUCACAGUAUUCGAUUUUGGCAGACUUAGGAUGUUGAGUUUUUUAAACCCUUAGCAUCUUACCUCCAUGGAGCUACAUGAAGCCAGCCAUGUCUUCCCGCCACUCUCCCCUGAAAGUCACUUUCUUGAAGGAAAUCAUACCCCUAGAUGGAAACUGAUGAUCAAGAAGACUUAGAGACUCAGGAGCCAAAUUUCACGCGAGACCUUGGCCAUUUGGGCAGGGAGUUCAGUACUCCAGGACAUGAAUUUGGAAUCCCUUUGGGAAAGUGUCUGAUUUGUUCUCAUCUCCCCCUCCCCCAUGCCCUUUCCUCAUCUGCCCGUUUGCUUUAUUUUUCAAGGGAGCAAGUGGCGGAUGCUGUCGUGUGUACUCAUCUGAAGGUUUUCGCUCUUUCUUAAGUGAGCCAGGAUCUCUGAUGCUUUCAGAGCACGUUAUACUGUGAUGAGAUUCUAAUUUCAGUGAGUCGGUGCCUCCAGGACAGCUGGAGAAAGCAAUGAAAUUGUCUAUGCAAGGAGCAGACGCCCUGACCCUACCAGAUCUAAUGGAAUCGUAGGGCAGACUUCAGCCACAGGACAGGAUUUUGUGUUGGGAGCUUAUUGAAUGUGAGGGCUCGUGAACACAGAGAAGUAUUACAGCCUGCAGACCACAGUCCACCUCUCUGGGCAAACUUCGGGUGCUAUGUGGCAAUGUGGCGUCGUGUGUGUGUGUGUGUGUGUGUGUGUGUGUGUGUGUGUGUGUGUGUGCGUGCGCACGCACUGGAACUUUCAGAGGAUGCUACAUGGGCAGCCUGAUGUCCUCUGUGAGCCUUGUGGCCCCUGUCGGAUGUGAUUGCCUCUCGGGGGAGUAAUGCUCUUUCCAAUUCAAAAUGUUAUCUGUGUAAAUAGCUUUGAUAUUUCCUUUCCAUGUCUUAGGUGAAGUUUUGUUCAUGUAGCAACCAGGUACUGGGUGACCAAAUAAGGCUGUAAACAUACUGUUGUGUUCAGUUGUAGUGUGCUGAAGAUGGAGAACCUGGGUCCUCCAUCUCUCCCCGCUCUCAUUAGAUGAGUAUCUUGUGCGUGUUUAGUGGGUCCUGCCAUUACUUCUUCAUUACUGAUUCGCCUCUAAUUUUCUUUGUUUCUUUGGAAACCCAAGGAGGCCCCUACUAAGGAUCAUUUGUAAGAAUAUGUAUAUGGUGAUCUGGGUUUCCAAAAGUUACCCUACAUAUAGUGAAUUGAGAGGAAUCUGCCUGAAGAUUGGUUUUCGAACCACGUACCUUUAUGCCUCGUGAUUGUGAAACAUUGACUUUUGUAAACCCCAAAUGAGAACCUGUUUAGUAAAGGGGAUAUAUUUUGUGUGUUUUGAAAUUUAGGUGCAAUGUCCCCUGGAAAAAGCUCAAGAACUGUAUAUGCUCAAUGACAUUUUAAAUAAAAUACUAUAUAUGUAUAUAUAAAUAUGUAUAUAGGAA